AUGGCUUCCGCCACUGUAAAGCGGAUUUCUGAAUGUUUCAUUAAACCACUACAUGAUCUCCCACCAGAUGCAAAGCAACCAAUCUACUUCACACCCUUUGAGCUCGUCUACCUCAACGCCAACUACAGCCAAAAAGGCCUUCUUUUUGCGAAACCAUCCCCACCGGAAAAUCAUCAUUUCUCCAUAACCACUUUCUUGGAAGACCUCCGGCGUUCUCUCUCCGCCACCCUUACCCACUUUUACCCGCUCGCCGCCCGUUUAGCCACUCGAAAAGAAGAAAACCCACCUUCCUAUGUUAUCUACAUAGACCCCGAAAACAGCCCCGGUGUGAAGUUUGCUCACGCGACGGUGGACGUAACUGUCUCCGACAUUCUUACCUCUACUGACGUACCCUUCGUUGUUCAUUCAUUCUUUGACCUUGACAAUGCUAUCAACCAUGAUGGUCAUACAUUGCCAUUGUUAUCCAUUCAGGUGACUGAGCUUAUCGAUGGCAUCUUCAUCGGUGGCUCCGUCAACCACCUUAUCGCCGACGGAACUUCUUUCUGGCAUUUCAUGGCUGCUUGGAGUGAGAUAUUUAGAUCUAAACAGCAAGAUGAGUAUUCCAUCUCCCGUCCUCCGAUAUUCAAAAAAUGGGUCCUUAAAGGGUCAGAUCCUGUUAUCAAUCUUCCAUUUACACACAACAACCAAUUCAUUGAUCGACCAGAUCAACAAGCUAUGUUUCAAGAGAGAUUCUUCCAUUUCUCCUCAGCUAUAGUCUCGAGACUCAAAGCAAAAGCAAACGCUGAAUCCAACACUCAAAAAAUCUCAAGUUUACAAGCAGUGUCAGCACUUUUAUGGAGAUGCAUAACGCGAGUUCGACGCCUACCACGUGAGAGUGAAACAGUCUGUAAACUUGUUAUUAGUAACCGGCGUAGACUGAACCCACCUUUAUCCGAUGAUUAUUUUGGUAACCCGAUUCAGUCAGUGAGUGGAACAGCAACUGUUGAGGAUCUAAUGACUCGAGGGCUCGGGUGGGCUGCUUUGCAGUUACAUGAAGCUGUGGCAAACCACGAUGAUACAGCAGUGAAGAAAUGGGUUGAGUCUUGGUUUAGAAGCCCUGUAGUAUAUAAACGGAGUCAACUGUUCCAUCCGAAUGUUGUGCACUUUGGGAGCUCUCCGAGGUUUGACAUGUAUGGGUGUGAAUUUGGGUUAGGGAAAGCGGUUGCGGCUAGAAGUGGGUACAUGAACAAAGCCGACGGGAAGAUGACAAUGUAUCCAGGUCAGGAAGGAGGCGGAAGCAUGGAUGUAGAAGUUUGUCUUUUGCCGGAAUAUAUGAUGGAUCUUGAAUGUGAUGAGGAGUUCAUAACCGCUUUAAAGAGUAACUAA